UGAACAAUAUCAUUUUGAAAAAAUGUACUCAAAAUAUUUAUUUGUUGCACUUUUACUUAGCGUUGCAUACACCGCUGACGCGGCUUACGCACCUUUCAUAGAGAAAUGUAAAUGGGACGAUUCAAAAUGCAUUAAGGCAACGGCACAAAAUGCUAUCCCGAUCCUUGCUGCCGGUAUUCCAGAGCUGGGAGUGGAAACACUGGACCCCUUCAGCAUGAAAACUUUGGACGCUAGCUCCCCCACCCUUAAGCUGCUUCUUUGGAACAUUACUGGCACUGGACUUAAGGACUGCAUCGCCAAAAAAGUGCAGCGUGAUAUUGGAAAAUCGAAAAUCACUGUAAAACUGCAGUGCAGCGUCGACUUUGUUGGAAAAUAUGAGAUGAAAGGACGUAUGCUCAUGCUGCCUAUUGAAGGAAAGGGAGACGCUCACGUUGUACUCAGAAAAGUAGUGAUCACCACGGACGUUGAUAUCGGUGACAACCUUGGCCGUGAUGGAGAGAAACACUGGAGCAUCAAGAACUGGAAACACACUUACGAUGUCAAAGAAAAGUCUACCAUCGAAUUGGAAAAUCUCUUCAACGGAAACCAAGUUCUGGGUAACGCCGCCCGUGCGAUGAUUGAGUCCAGCAGCAAUGAAAUCGUGAAGGAAAUCGGGCCACCAAUAGUCAAGGCCAUCAUUAGCAGAAUCGUUGACAAUAUACAGGCCUUCUUCGAGAACGUUCCCUCCAGCGAAUUCACCGAUUAAUGUUUCUAUAAACUUUAUUUCUCAAAUUAUAAAAAAAAAAUUGUAAAAAGGGUUCGUUUUACAAACGAUAAAAUUAUAAACCUGUUUCUAAAUUCGAUUGGAAAGGAACAUAAUGUGAUUUAUCAAUGUCAUAAUA